AUGUAUCACCUCGCCAAAGGCAUUUACCUCUAUGCGACCAGCAAAGAAGAAUACUCCGUGAUUCUUCUAGGUCUUGACAAUGCCGGCAAAACUACCUUUCACGAACAAGUCAAAUCCAUGUUCCUACCAAAUAGACCCGACCCGAAGCUCAAGACAGUACCCACCGUAGGCCAGAACGUCUCGACGAUACCCCUACAAGACAUGUACCUCAAGCUUUGGGAUGUAGGCGGUCAGCACUCGCUCCGAAAGCUCUGGCAGAGCUACUAUGCAAGUUGUCACGCAAUAGUCUUUAUCAUCGACAGCACAGACAUUGGCGACGGAAACAUUGAGCAUGAAGAGAACGUUGGCAGACUGGAGGAGUGUCGGCUAGUCCUCGAGGACGUCCUACAACAUUCCGAAACUGAAGGAGUGCCACUCCUAAUUCUAGCAAACAAACAGGAUCGCGAGGAUUGUGUCGAGACAAUACGCAUCAAGGAGGGUCUGGUAAAGAAAGUCAUGGAGGGAGACAAGGGGUCCGCUGUCCGCGAUUCUCGUGUGCUGGCAAUGAGCGCUCUAACUGGUGAUGGAGUCCGAGAAGCUAUCGAGUGGGUAAGAACCAGAGUACAAUGGAACAAGGAGUCUCGACCGCCCGUGAUGCGGUAG